AUGUUGCGUGAAUAUUUGCUGUUGCCGUUGCUGGCCUCUGCCAGUGCGGCUUAUACCAUUUCAGUUGCGAAGUCUGGGGGCAACAUCACUACCAACACACAAUAUGGUGUCAUGAUAGAGGAAAUCAACCACGGCGGCGAAGGAGGCCUGUAUGCAGAACUGAUUCGCAACCGAGCCUUUCAAGGGAGUUCACUCUACCCGUCAAACUUGGAUGCCUGGUCUGCUGUUGGCGAGUCAACAAUAGCCCUCCAGAAUCUCAGCAAGCCACUCUCCUCUGCUCUUCCGACUUCAGUCAAAGUAUCAGGAAAAGGAACCAUUGGUCUCAAGAACGAGGGAUGGUGGGGAAUUGAUGUGCGGCCUCAGAAGUAUUCUGGUACAUUUUAUGUGAAGGGUAAUUACAAGGGCUCUUUCACGGCAUCUCUUGAGUCCAACACUACUGGGAAGACACUGGCUAGUGUGAAGGUGACCUCUAAGAGUGUCGCCAACGAGUGGGUUCAACAUGAGUUUACACUCACCCCGAAGUACAAGGCUGCCGAUGUCGAAAACACAUUCUCGCUGACCUUUGAUGCCUCGAAAGCUUCUGGUGGCUCCUUGGACUUCAACUUGAUUAGCCUGUUCCCACCAACAUGGAAUAACCGUCCCAAUGGCUUCCGGACUGAUCUUAUGCAAGCCAUGAGUGAUAUGGGCCCUAAAUUCCUUCGAUUCCCUGGUGGAAACAACCUUGAGGGAGAGACAAUUGACACUCGCUGGAAAUGGAACGAGACCCUUGGCCCACUCAAAGAUCGCCCUGGUCGCCCUACUACCUGGGGAUACGAAGAAACUGGUGGAAUGGGACUCAUCGAAUACAUGCACUGGUGUGACGAUCUCGGCAUGGAGCCUAUUCUCGCCGUUUGGAGUGGCCUCGCGCUGAAUGAGGAUAUUGUCUCUGAAGAAGACCUUGGAAUCUACGUUGAAGAUGCCCUCAAUGAGAUUGAGUUCCUGACCGGCUCUGUCGAUACUGAGUAUGGUGCUCUCCGAGCGAAAUACGGAUACCCCGACCCGUGGACCAUCAAUUUCGUUGAGGUCGGUAACGAAGACAAUCUCAAUAACGGUUUAGACUCUUACAUUGCAUACCGAUUUGCUGCGUUCUACGAUGCCAUCACAGAGAAAUACCCCAACAUCCAGGUCCUGGCAUCGACAAUUGACAUGACCCUUCCGGGCUCUGCGGGUGGUGAUUUCCAUCUUUAUGACAUUCCCGAUAAUUUUGUUGCGUCGUUUAACCAGUUUGACCAGUACACCGACGAGCACCCCAUCCUGCUUGGUGAGAUUGCCGCUACGGAGUACAACAAUGGCGUUGGUAUUGACUGGUCCGAUAUCAAUUUCUCGCUUUACCCCUGGUGGAUUGGCUCAGUUGCCGAAGCUGUCUACUUUUUGGGCGCAGAGCGGAACGCAGACAAAAUUAUCGGAACGACAUAUGCGCCCUACUUCAUGAACAUCAACUCCUAUGAAUGGAGCCCCUGCAUGUACUCUUUCAAUGCUGAUCCAGAUGACACCGCUCGUUCCACGAGCUGGCAUGUCUAUGAUUUGUUCAAUCACAACCACAUCACCAACACCUUGCCCACAACAUCAGCUGAUGCCUAUGGUCCUCUUUACUGGGUUGCUGGGUUGAACAACAAGACCAACUCGCACAUCUGGAAGGGAGCUGUGUACAAUAGCACUGAGGCUGUCCCAGUUUCAUUGACCUUCGAGGGAGUUAAAAAGGGAACUAAAGCUGACCUGACUAUUUUGACGGCCCCUGAUGCUUUCUCGAUGAAUGCGGUCGGUGGGGCUAACCUUGUGAAUUCCAAGACCACUACCAUCAAGGCAGGCAAGAGCGGAGCUUUCAGCUUCAGCUUGCCUAAUCUUAGUGUUGCGGUGCUGACUACCAAUUGA